AAAUAAGGAAAAAAGAAUCAAAAUUAAAUGAAAGAAAAAGGAAAUCAAAUGCAAUUCACACAAGUAUUCGUUCCUCAACCCUAAAAUCCCAAAUUGAAAGAGAACAAAAACCCUUUCUUACCCCGCAUCCCGCCGACGAUUCCUCGCGCCCCGCCGCUGCCGCUGCCGCCUCUAUCCGUCCUCUUUUAACUGCAGUUACGGGCUGAUAAAAUGGCGGAUGAACCUCAAGUUAUGGACAAAUCUUCUGAGGAGGUCUCAGAAACUGUAUCUCAGAAGAAGCAAGAAACACUUGAAGAGAUGCUUUCGAGACACAGGAAAGAGACUAAUGAUCUGCAGAACAAGGAAGUUGCAAUGAAGAAAGCCGCUGCUAAAGGUAGCAAGGCUGAACAGAAAACUAAGAAGAAACAAGUUGAUGAAGAGAUAUCUAGACUGUCAACGAAGCUUAAAGAAAGACAGGCUGAGGAACUAGCGUCUUUAGGCUUUAAUAGUAGUAACGGGAGUCAAAAAGGAAAGCUUGAUGACCUGGUGGUGAAGGCUAUUGCCGGGGUUUCAGUCUCAAAUCAAGCUGAGCAGCCAAAACUCAGUAAGAGUGCCAAAAAGCAUAAGAAAAGAGCUGAACAGGAAGCAGCCAGGGAGCAAAGAAUACAAGAAGAGCAGAACCAGAUUGUAAGUGAUCGAAUGGUUGAAGAUGAGAAGUUAGAAAAAAAGCUCGAGCCUCUUGGAUUUACCAUCAAUGAAAUAAAGCCUGAUGGCCAUUGUCUUUACCGAGCUGUUGAGAAUCAGUUGGCCCUCCAAUCUGGAGGCUCUUCUCCUUAUAAUUAUCAAGAGCUUCGGCAAAUGGUGGCUGCUUAUAUGCGGGAACACACAACAGAUUUUCUACCAUUUUUUCUGUCCGAGAAUAUGGCAGAUGGAGAAUCGGAAGAAUCCCUUACAGAAAGAUUUGAGAAUUACUGUAAGGAAAUAGAAUCGACAGCGGCCUGGGGAGGACAAUUGGAACUUGGUGCUCUGACCCACUGUCUGAAGAAACAUAUCAUGAUAUUUUCUGGAUCAUUUCCUGAUGUAGAGAUGGGAAAGGAAUACAAAUCUGGCAACGUGACUGGCUCAUCUAGUUCAAGUGUUAUGCUAUCCUAUCACAGGCAUGCUUUUGGGCUCGGUGAGCAUUACAAUUCUGUCGUUUCCAUCUCAGGUCAAUAGUCAUUUUGUAUUGAAGAGUUCCCCUUGGGAUGAUUUAAUAUUUUCACACGAUGCCUGUGCAAUAUAUUUUUGUCGGAGACUGGAUAGAAACUAGAUUUGUGUUUUGUUUAACACAUUGAGAAAGAGGAUACUUGUCUGGUCUUUCCAUUUAAUGAAUGAGUUAUUGUUAGA